AUGAAAGUCGCGACCAUCUCAACCGCUUCCCCGAAUGUCGUCGCGCACCAGCAGCGCAAAGGCGGCGACGCGUCACGCCAAGAGGCCAAGCAGCGCACUUCGCAUUCACCAGGUCACGACCCUGCAGCGGCUGUUGAACCGGCAGAGGCCAAAAGCGCUUCCGCGGCCUUGAUGCAAACGGGGGCGGAGCAGAAGAUCAUGAAGUCCGAGUCUUCUUCUUCCUCUUCGUUCUCGCAAAGUAAACAAGGUUCUGAAAGUACUUCCAAGACGGGAACAAGUAGAACAACGAGCAAGCAGACACGACAAGGCACGUCAACUUCCGGCCGUGACAUGUUCUCCGCAUCUGUCACCAACAGGUGGGACACCUACGACUUUCACCUUCCGCACUCACCUAUCGCACGAAAUCAAACCUGCUUCACUAUAGCGCUUUUCUAAGGUUUGUGCCUUGUAGUUCAGAACACCUACACCACUUGGUUCCCACCAGAAGACCAAAUUUUCCCUGCGUGCUCGUAAUAAACAGACGAGAUAAAAAUAUACACGGCUAGAGAGGCACAGACUGUUUUGCAUGUGUAGCAAGGGCACAAGCUGCGCCUAUUCGCUGCGCCCUGAUUUGCAUUGCAAGUAUUCAGUGAGGCAUUCUCUUUCCUCGAUACCGCCCGGUAUGGCCUUUUGCGACUACGGCGAGUCCGUGACCGAGGCGGAGUGCGACGAUAAGGCUCUGCUGCUGCGGCGGCGGUUUGGCGGUCCCGUGACGCCGGAGAUCGCGACCGGCGAAGGGGGCCAGUGCGGCGACGGAAACUGGGGCGAGGUGCCCAUGGGGUGCUCGGUUCGCACGGGCGCCUACGACCGCAAGGGGGACCACAAGCCGCAUCUGGCCUGGCGACCCUACUAUAAGACCGGCGAGCCCCCGAUGGGGUACUUUAAGUAUGCG